AUGUCACCGAACGCUUUCAAGCCAUUUGAUGCCCCGACUGUUCUCGACAUGGCCAUCAGGAAAUUAGAGAAGUUGGAAAAGAUGGAAGAUGUGGAGAAGAAGAAGAAGAAAAGAGAGCCGAAACUGGCCAACCAUCUCCUACAAAUUAAUUUUGUAAACCUGCUCAUGGAGCACGUUAGGAAACAGGAGAAGUUGGAGUUGUCGAGAAAAAGAAACUGGGAGAAACCGUUGGAGGAUCCCAUCAAGAUUCGGAUUAGAAAGCAGAAGAAGAUACUCUCCGAUGAAUCGCCACUGAAGAAGGUCAAGAAUGAAGAUAAUGAGUUGAAGAAAUUGGAGAAGAAUUUGGAUGGUUUGGCAGCUCGACUCGAAACAAUUUCUAUUCAAUAA